AUGACAACAACAAUACUCGAAAAAUUCUUCUAUAUUUGUGAAAAAGUGCAUUGCUAUUCAACCGUUUUCAUUCUUACUCCUGGCUUUUUGAUCUUCGAGAUGGGAGUUGUCAGACCAACUUUGAUUGAAAUCUACAAGAUUGGCGUCGCAAAGCAGUUACUUCACGUCUUCCUCUCCGUCUUCUGCUUUAUAAACGUUACCGGAAAUAUGAUCAUGAGUAUUAUUUCUGAUUGUAGCAUUAAUAAAACAAGACGUCAAUUUACAGAGGAUGGAGAUUUCUGUGAGUUAUGUAAGAUACAACGUCCGCCGAAGGCUUGGCACUGCAAAGAAUGCAACGUAUGCAUUCUCAAAAGAGAUCAUCAUUGCUUCUUCUUCUCAAGAUGCAUCGGAUUAUAUAACCGACGAUACUAUCUCAUGUACCUCGUCUACAUUCAUAUAUCGAUGGUCUACUCUACAUACUACAACUAUUACUUCGUAUCGUCGAUUUUCGAAAACCACGGUUUAGAGAUGGCCAUAUUUCGUUUAUUAAAUCCUUUCUUAAGGUACAUAAUGCGCGAAGAAACAAGUAUUAAAGAUAUUUACGUAUUCUUUUUCUUACUAAAUGUAGGUAUUGCUAUUUGGUCGGCCAUUUUGUUGAGUUUUCACAUGAGGAACGUGUUUAGAGGACUAACAGCACAUGAAUACCGAGAACCUUCAAAAAGCAACUGGAAAGAAAACUUGCUUAGCGUAUUUGGGACGAAGUGGUACAUAACACUUAUUUGGCCGUUUGUUGAUAGUCCUGUGAUUGAUGAUACUGAUUUUAUUGUUAAAAAUCGGUGA